AUGUCUAUCCCUAAGCCCAGUGUGCGAGAUGAUGUCAAAAAAGCGAUCAAAGAUAAACGGCCGAGUGGAUGCAAGAACCCGGGUGGGGCCAUCGGCGCCAUGUACAAGUUGGUGGUCGCUAAGGAAUGGAAGAAUAAAGGAGUCGAGGCUAGACUUCUAUCGGAGACCUUCCAAGACCUUCCUAGAGUCAAGCCGAACUGGGAUGUUGUCUACGUCUGGGCGAACCCUACGGAUCAUGCUCGAAUCGCCCUGUAUGAAGAAUAUAAGUUUAUUAAAAUAUUGGACAACAAGGGAAAAUUUGAGGCUGUAGCUUAUGCCCGCUACAACAAAUGA